GUCCGCUACUCGGAGAUCAUCACCACUUCACUUUGCUCUCUUCGGCUUGUGCUUGGGAACAGCUGCUCCUCUCCUCCGCCAAGAUGAUCAAGAUCGCCGCCAUCCUUGCUCUGGCUGUUGCCGUCCAGGCUGUCCCAGUGAGGUUCAACGCCGAAGGCGACCUCGACACCGCCGCCCAGACCUUCGCCCGCGCCGUCCUCUCCUCUGACGACUCCCUGAGCCAGCCAAUCCCAUACUCCUUCAAGCACGAGUCUUCCACCGAGGAGGGCACCCACACCCACGAGGAGUCUGGUGACGGCAACGGCCGCGUGACCGGCAGCUACACCAUGACCCUCGCCGACGGCCGCCAGAGGACUGUCCGUUACACCGCUGACGAGACCGGCUUCCACCCCGAGAUCGUCACCAACGAGCAGGGCACCGAGUCCAACAACCCAGCUGACGCCAGCAUCACCUCCAGCGCCCUGUCCGGCCCAGACGCUGCCCACGCCGCCGAGCCCGAGCGUCUCCGUCUCCUCGCCUCCGGAGGAUUCAAGUCCAAGGCCUAAGCUGGAACCACUAGGACGCCCUUCCACGGACAACGACGAUGACCACGAAGCGAAGAAUCAAACGAAAAGGCUCUCUCCCCCCUAUUUAUGUUUCCCCCUUCGGCGGCAGAACCUGCGCCACUGUUCUUCAGUGCCUCGUGCAUCUGUGAAGAGCUCAUCCAUUCCUAUUCGAACCAGGCGUCGCGCAAUAUGCGCCGCGACCUUCUAGGCUUUUCAAGAAGAAAUGUACGUACGUCCCCGUCGUGCCCUGUAGUGGGAUGGCGCUGCCCUGGCUAUUUCUCCAGCGCUGGCAAGUGGUCGCGUGUUAAGGAGAAAUGGAAAAGGUCCCCGGUUACUCCCCUUCCGAGAAAGACAAGAAACUGCCAUCUCUGUUUGUAAAUGUGCUGAAGCCAGAACAUGGAAUCUUGAUUGUCGUUUGUA